ACACCAUGGCGGCUGUGCAAACUUCAUCUGUACACAGACACUGGCGAAACACCGCGUUAGAAACGGUUGCGAAGGGAAAGUACUAUAUCACAGGUAGCAUAUAAUAUAUUGUAUGAAUGUAAAGAUAGGAUGAAGAAAGUAGUGUUGGUAACCGGGGCGAACAGUGGUAUUGGUCUUGCCCUGUGUGAGCGUCUACUCAGCCAGGAUGCCCAGGUGCAGCUCUGUCUGGCCUGCAGGAACAUGCAGAGAGCUGAGGCUGCCCGACAGGCUCUUCUAGUGUCUCACCCUCAAGCUCAAGUUUCUCUGCUGCACUUAGAUGUGGGCAACAUGCACUCAGUGGUCAGAGCUGCUGAGGAGUUCAAGCAAAAGUACAACAGAUUGGACUAUCUGUAUCUCAAUGCUGGAAUCAUGCCUAAUCCCAGGGUAGAUCACAAAGCCUUUUUUAAAGGCCUGUUUUCUAGAAAUGUGGUUCACAUGUUUGCCACGGCGGAGGGUAUUCUGACCCAGGAAGAUAAGGUCACACCCAUUGGUUUGCAGGAGGUGUUUGCCACUAAUCUUUUUGGUCAUUUCCUUCUGGUGAGGGAACUGGAGCCCUUAUUGUGCCAGGCGAACCACAAUUCUCUAGUGAUCUGGACAUCCUCCAGUAAUGCCCAGCGAACGGCCUUUAGUCUAGAUGACAUUCAGCAUCAGAAAGGCCGUGAGCCCUACAGCUCAUCAAAAUAUGCGUCUGAUCUACUUAGCUUUGCUCUAAACCGGCGCUACAAUAGCCGGGGUUUGUACUCAUCAGUGAUCUGUCCUGGUCUGGUCAUGACUAACCUCACCUAUGGCAUUCUACCAUCAUUCUUCUGGACCCUCAUCAUGCCAAUAAUGUGGCUUAUAAGAAUAUUCACCAACACUUUUACCCUCUCAUCUUACAAUGGAGCGGAGGCUUUGUUUUGGCUGUUCAUGCAGAAACCUGAGUCACUGGACCCGAUGGCCAAAUACCACAGUUUGACCUCUGGGCUUGGAAACAAUUACACCCAGCCACGCAAGAUGGAUAUUGAUGAAAAUAUUUCAGAGGCCCUCUAUGUGAAGUUAUUGGAACUUGAGGAUACAGUGCGAAAGAAACUGAGAGAUGAGGAUCUAGAAAUCAAGGCAAAAAUCUAAAUGUAAUAUAUGGAGACAAAACCCUCAUGCAUUCUAUCCUUACAAAAAAACGUGUAUUUUUAACUUGUAUUUACAAACAAUUAUUUACAUUAAGGUAUUUGGCAAAUGCUUUUAUCCAAAGUGACAUUCAAGGUACACGUUUUAUCAGUUUUUGCUUUCCCUGGGAUUCGAACCCAUUACCUUGGGGUUUCUAACACCAUGCUCUACUGUUUGAGCUACUUGUUAUUAAUUAUGAAUGAUUAAUUAUUACUACUAAUUAUUGUGCUAUUUACAUUAGUUUUGUUGCAGUGUAUUCCGAGGUGAAUGGUUUUUACCAUUGUAACUACUGUGAACAGUCAGCAGUCUCUGACUCCUGAAAUGGGACCACAAAUCUGACUUUUUUUUUUCUAUUCCAUUUUUAUUUUGUCACCCAAAGCUUGAUUAAUAAGAGAAAAAAAUGUGUUUGUGUGUGGAA